CAUUGAAAACUGGUGAACAAUUGUACACGUUGUGAUAUCAAAAAAGUCAGAAAACUUUCAUUUUGAACAAUUUACUAUUGAUAUUAAGGUAAUUGGAAGAAGAUUUAUUUAUCAUUGAUUAUUACUGUAUCAAAACUUCAUUUGAACAAAUUUAUAUAGUGUCGUAUUUGCUCACAUUCUGUCCCAAUGUCCAUCUGGCUCCUAAUUUCGUCUUUGCUGUUUUUGGCGCCGGCUUUAUGCAGUGAUGUAAAUAUGAACAGCAACCAAUUUGACGAACAAUUGAAGGAUCGAGGUCAUAUUAAUGAAGACUUAGAGCGUGUUGCUGGCAAGAAAUUAGAAGAUAUGUCGUCCGAAGAAGUUCAAUUUCAUUAUUUUAAAUUGCAUGACUAUGAUCAAAACAAUAAAUUAGAUGGACUUGAAAUUAUGAGUGCAAUGACACAUUAUACUAGAGAAUCUGAAGAUCGUUCACCACCAAUUUCUGAAGCACAACUUACGGAAAUGGUUGAUCAAGUCCUUACUUCAGAUGAUAGAAAUGCGGACGGUUUCGUCGAUUAUACGGAAAAAAAGAGAAAUUCGAAAUUUCCCGCCAAACAUAAAGAAUUUUUGACUGUUGACCUUGACCUUAUGAACAGAAAAAAGAUGGCGUCGACACCAGGAAAAGCAAAGUCGGUGAAGUCAGCCAGCCAACUUUUAAAGUUUCAACAAACAGCAGCUACAAAACAAGAACCAGGAAGUCAUAGCUCGAAAGAGGUUGUUGAAGUUGGUGAGAUAUGUGAAGAAGGCUACGGUCUUGAUGAAGCCUCUAGUAAUGUUCUUAAGGCAGCCGAGGAAGCAGAAGCUCAAAUGACUACAGACGGAAAUGAAGAAGUGUGGAUAAAGAUUGUAACACCAAAGAUUUCAGAAGAUUCGCCAAGUACUCGUGGCAUUAAACGUCGCGAGAUAGAAGAAGUUCCCGAGUAUGUCACUGAGAAAAAAUUGAGACAUAUGCUAAAAAGUGGAGAAAUGGCAACGAUAGAUUACAUCAACGAAAAUAUCGAAGCAGCUCAGUCACCUGAAAUACCUACAGAGCUGUCCUAUAUGAUUUCCAAUUUGAAAAUGAAUAAGGAUAUCGUAAAAGAACACGUGAAACUUUUUUCAAGCGACUUCCAAGACGAAGAUUAUCGAAAAAACAAAAUGCGUCAAGUUCCCAAAAGGGCCUUUCUUGGACAAUGUAGACAUUGCAGUGAAAGUGUUUCUUCAUUGACCGAAAUGAGUACACAUAUGCGAUCAGUUCAUAAAGAAAUAGAGUAUAAACCUUGGUCUUGUCCUUUAAUGAUCCAUCCAAUAGGUCCUGCUCGUUCGACUCUUGUUAAGCAUAUGAAUGUCCAUUGUCACCGAAAAUUGUUCGAAUGUCCAGAAUGUGGAAAAGGAUUUAAUUUUAAGCAAAAACUUCAACAGCAUAUGAAGUAUCAUUUAAAUGUUCGAGAUCAAGAGUGUCCGUUAUGUGCCAUGGCUUUCCAUGAACUGAAAACAUUGAAGACUCAUUUAUUCCAUGUUCAUAAUUUGGAUAGAAGAAGCUCUAAAAGAGGAGGAUGGGUUAAACCUGAAUAUUUUACUUUGGAUGGAGAUCUUGUUACUGAAGAACAACUGGAAGCUAUGAAGAACUCUUCAUCGAGUACACCACAACCACCUGAACUGAAUCAUGUGAUUAGGGUCGAAACCAUUAAGAACGCUGAAGAGGAAGAAAGAAGCGAAGACCAAACCAUUAAAGCAGAAAUCAAAGAACUAUCGAAGGUCCCAAAAUCUAAUGAUAUAUGUGGAACAUACUCGGCAUCAAGAUGUGUUAAGCUCAGAGGUGCAGUAAAAACUGACAAAUACACUAAAGGCUACAAAGAAGGUUUAAUUAGAAAGGAUACAUCUCAGAAGAAACAUCCGAUUGUGGUUACGGAAGAUACAAUGCAAUCAAUUAUAAAUAGUGGACAGAUUUUAGAAGAAGAACAGGUAUAUGUUGAGAAGACAAAAAGUGAAGAAAAAACCGAAACAAUUAGUAUCGAAAUAGUCAACGAGGAGUACGUCGAAAAGCUGAAAGAAACUGAUAAUCUGUCCCUUGAAGAAGACAAUGUUGUUCAGCUUGAAGUGGGAGAAGAUAAAGAGGCAAAAUUGUCAGAAUAUAAGACCAUCCAAUGCAAAGAUGGUUCUCUCAUGCUUGUUGAUUCUAAGAAGCAGGGGAAAAAGAAUCGAAGUCCUGGAAAACAAAAAAUGAGAACCACUUCUCAAGGAGAGUGCAUGUCUAUAGAAAGCGAUGGUAAUGAAGAUGAAAUCACUGUGCAACUAGAUGUUCCGAUCGAAGACGUUUCAGAAGUUGUUGUGAAACACGAAAGUGAUGGAACUGCUGUUUUACAGGUCAACGAGCAAGCUAAAAGUAGUAACAAUUCAGGAAAUACUAGUUUUACGGAAAAGCCUAUCGCUAGAAUGCCAAGAUCGAAAGGAAAAAUGACUGCUGUUGAAGAAUAUGUCCCAGAUUUGGCUGAUUACUGUGGCAUGGUUCAACAUGUUACAACAACAGGACAACAUGGUAAAAUAAGAAAUGAUAUGAUAGAACAUUUACAAGAGCACGCUAUCAGUAAAGAAGCUUCUUGCAGCCUUUGUUUUAAACAAUUUAACACUAAAAAGGAGCUUUCGGCUCAUAUGACAGAGCAUACAAAAACUAAUGAAAUUGUUCACAAGUUCAGUUGCAAUUUAUGCAAGCAAGCUUUUGCUGCACAAAGCGAUUUAAAUGCCCAUACAAAAAGAGUUCACUCUAUUGCCCGACCUUAUGAGUGCGAACAAUGUGGAAAACGCUAUCCAGAUGAAGCCUACUUGAAAAGGCAUGCUACUACUCAUGCUACGAGCAAAAACUACAUGUGUCAAUAUUGCCACAAGUACUAUAGAACUCCAAUGUCAUUAAAUCAGCAUAUGAAAUCGCACACUUGCCUUUUUCAUUGCGAUAUUUGCAAUCGCUCCUUCGGAAGCUACUCUGGGUUUAUGGCUCAUAAAGUCAUGCAUGAUCAAACAGGUGCCGAACGUGGCUUCGAAUGCCACGUUUGUCACAAGAAACUUUUGACAAAAGGAUCUUUAGUAAGGCAUUUAACAGUUGCCCAUUCAAAUAGGAGACCAUUUACUUGCGACGAUUGCAAUAAAUCAUUCAAAACAAAGAAGGAUCUAAAAAACCAUCAAAUUAUUCACGAUAGUGGUAAAACUUUGGAAUGCAGCCUUUGCUCUUUUGCUACCAAACGUUCUAUGACUAUGAAAUUACAUAUGAAACGUCAUGAAGAGGGCCCUGGAACAUCUGAAAGUACAGAACAGCAGGAAGAAGUCACUGAUAGACGUGUUCAAUUUUGUGCGACGGAAGGAAGUGAAGAAAAAUUAACAUGUGAUCUCUGUAGCUUAACAUUUCCUAAUCAAGAUGAAUUGGUUGGCCAUGUCCUAGCCCAACAUUUACAUGCACCUCAGAAAGUUGAUCCGAAUAAUCAACCGCAGGAAGUUAUAAUAGAUCAUGUAGAAGAGGAUGGUGAAUACGUCAUUUACGAGGAACAACAAUGA